AGCUCACACAGGACUAUCCCGAAAUGUGUACUUUUCGUUGGGCUGUUUCUCUUGCAGAGAGUGAAGCUUGUGUGUCUUUUGAGUCAUUGUUUCGACGUGCCUUACAAUGUCUACCUAGCGAAGAUGUGGAAAAGCAACGCAGAUUUCAUUUUCGCGAAGAUAGUCUGGCAUGUGUUUUAUCACGAAUUCUUAUCAGGCAGAUGGCUAGAACAUGCUGCCAAUUGCCAUGGCACACGAUUGCGAUUGAACGAUCAGAACGAGGAAAACCGUAUCUCUAUACGCCAAAAUCUCACUUGAAAUUCAAUGUGUCUCAUCAAGGUGAUCUUGUCGUACUGGCGAGCAGCGAAAGCGAGGAUAUAGGAGUGGACGUUAUGCGAAUUGAUGAAGAUCGAAACACAACAGCACAAGCGCAUAUUGAGAGAAUGGCGAGUUUGUUUUCUGACGGAGAACUUCAGAUGAUGCGUCGUGCCACCACUGAAAGAGAGAAGUGGACGGCGUUCUACCGUGUAUGGUGUCUGAAGGAGUCUGUACUGAAAGCCGAUGGAACGGGCUUGGUGAAUGAUUUACGCAAUUACGAUUUUCACACAGGCAUUGAAAAGCAUUAUCCUGGUAAGUGUAAUUUGGCUUUUUUUCUGUCUUUAAAAGCUAUAGGCUAA